CCCCAUCCUCCCCCCCUCACCUCCGCGUCCCCCGGCUGAGCUCAGCCCCUUCGGCUGGAGGCUCGGGUUGAUUUGGGAGCUAAGACUAAGUCAUUCGGGGGCUGUGCGCCGUGGGGAGAAGGAAGGCUCAGUCGCGGACGCCGGGGGGGAUCGACACAGGACACCUGGAACCGGGGAUUUGACUUUUUCGGCAUAAUCUCGGGUUUUGUGAGGGAGAGCGGGGAGCCAUGGUGGUGUUCUCUGCACUUUGGACGCUCCUGGUGUGCCAUCUUUUGAUAUCCACCUCAGCGCAGAGGCCUGGCCCCAGAGGAACCUCUGGCCCAGCAGGACCCCCGGGGCCGCCAGGGAGGGACGGCACUGAUGGGAAACCUGGACCUUCUGGACUUCCAGGGAAAGCUGGACCCAAAGGAAAAGCAGGCACACCAGGGUCAGCAGGAAAACCAGGCCUGCCAGGCCUUCCGGGGAUCGAUGGUCUGACCGGUCCUGAUGGUCCCGCUGGAAAAGAUGGACCCUCCGGGGAACCAGGGGACCCUGGACCUCCUGGGCCGGCUGGGCCUGCUGGCAGAGGGAGAUCAGGAGCCCCAGGGCUGCCUGGAACCAAUGGGUUGCCGGGUGGACUUGGACCCCAGGGUUCGGUGGGUCCUGAGGGUCUUCCAGGACUUCCUGGACCUCCUGGCCCAGAUGGACCUCCGGGGCUUCCCGGUAGUCUUCAAGACCUUAGCGGAGAUCUUCUGUGUCCUGCAAUCUGCCCCCCUGGACCUCCUGGUCCACCUGGGAUGCCAGGAUUUAAGGGACACACCGGGCACAAAGGAGAUAAGGGGGAGGUUGGAAAAGAUGGAGAGAAGGGGGAUCCUGGUCCACCGGGACCGGCAGGUAUUCCUGGCACCGUGGGACUGCAGGGUCCACGUGGUCUGAGAGGCUUGCAAGGCCCAAUGGGACCCGUUGGCGACAGGGUUUCAGAGGCAAGCCUGGUGUUGCCGGAAUCAUUGGAAAGACAGGUGAUGUUGGGGAGAAAGGACCACAGGGAUUCAGAGGACCCAAAGGAGAAAUUGGAAAAAUUGGUGCCAAAGGAGCUCCAGGCGGAGCAGGACCCAAAGGAGAGCCGGGUAUUCCUGGCAGAGAUGGCAAAGAUGGAACACCAGGGUUGGAUGGGGAGAAGGGGGAUGCUGGGCGCCAUGGUGCUGUUGGAGAGAAAGGACCAAAUGGACUUCCUGGUUUGCAAGGAAAGGCUGGUGCAAAGGGAUCUAAGGGAACAGUUGGUGAUCCAGGGAAGCCUGGGGAGACGGGACCCUCUGGAGAGCCAGGGUGACAUCGGAAUCCCAGGAGAGAGGGGGAUAGCAGGUCCCAGAGGAGUGGCAGGAGGGAUUGGACCAGCGGGCAACAUUGGGCCUCAGGGAGUGAAAGGCUUUCAGGGGGUUAAAGGAGCCUUGGGUGACCCAGGACUUCCAGGACCAACAGGACUCCGUGGAGAGUUUGGUGACAGGGGUCCGGUUGGAGCCUCCGGAGCUAAAGGAGACAUGGGUGUGGCAGGAAGUGAUGGCUUACCAGGAGAGAAUGGAGAGCCGGGACCUUUCGGACCAGUGGGGCAAAAAGGAGAGUCAGGGAAGCGAGGUGAACUGGGGCCCAAGGGUGUGACGGGUCCACAAGGAGAGAUCGGGGCAAGAGGGCCCGAGGGAAAGAAAGGACCAAUGGGUUUCCAAGGGGAACAAGGUCUGCCGGGAAUCGCAGGAAAGACGGGCGUACCUGGUAAACUGGCAAGUGAGCAGCAGAUCAGAGAGCUGUGUGGUUCAAUGAUUGACGAUCAAAUUGCACAGCUAGCUGCCAACCUGCGAAGACCCCUAGCACCAGGCAUGGUGGGCCGCCCCGGCCCCGCUGGCGCUCCUGGAAGCCCUGGAGUCUCUGGCUCCGUCGGGCAUCCAGGCUCCCGUGGACCACCAGGGUACAGAGGCCUGCCAGGAGAACUCGGAGAUCCAGGACCCCGAGGUGACAUUGGGGAGCAGGGUGAUAAGGGACCAACUGGCAAAGCUAUUGAUGGCCCCCCUGGAGACCAAGGACACCAAGGUCUUCCAGGGGUACCUGGAAUUGUCAAAGACGGUCGUGAUGGGUCUCCUGGAGAUCCAGGUGAGUCUGGAGAGCCUGGCAGGGUAGGUAGGACUGGGCACCAGGGACCUCCUGGAAUCUGUGACACAUCCGCCUGCCAGGGAGCAUCGGUCGCUGGGAAGUCCUCCAACCCCAAAAACCAUUAGAAGUGACUUCCCGCAGCCCGUCAACCCCCCCAUCCCCCACAGGGAGGACGGGGGUGACAAACACGAGGAUGGGAGGAAUGACAGAAAAGAGCGAUCACAAAAAAAAGUCCUCUUUAUUUAAAUACGUGCAUCACAAAAUGGGGAAAAAAAGUAAGAUCUAAUUUGUUUCAUUAAGAGCAACGGAACAUCCCAGGAGUGACAUGAACACCAAAGCAACUGAGAAACAAAACAAACAAACACAAACACACGAGUGACAUAAAGAAAAUAAGCGGACAGACGCAAGAGUGCAAGAGAACAGCUGCACGGAUCAUCAGACUUGACUUAAAAACAGCUGGAAUGAAUAACAAGUUCUUUGUGUAUAAAACUUUGUACAUGGUGUUCCUUUGCCGCAUUUACACCCUUGUAACAGAGAACACGGCAAAAACAACAGCGAGUGUCUCUGUACUGAAUGUGCAUGUAUCACGGCCCGUUGAACAAAUCACAGGGUUACCUCAGAGAAGCUAACAGCGUGAGACAUGGCGGGGAGUGCCGGGGGCUACACCUCUCCGAGGAGGAGCUGUAUAUGUACUGUAAAGGUAAUUAAAAGACAUACCCAGGUGCCCGGGAAGUGUGUAGAUUAAUGCAAAAACAAACAUCUUUUGACGGCAUUUGUUUCCGUUUUUUUUUUUUUUUCUUUUUUAAGUGACUUGUGAAGCUUCUAGAUUAUUUAGACUUGAGAAUCACAGGCAGAAUCAAACUUGUGGAUGCGCAAGUCCGACGUGUAAAAUACAUAAAGUUUAAGAGGCUUAGCAGCUUUUUUUUUUCUGCAAAGUUUUUUGUUUUUUUUAAGUUACCCACCCCCAUCCCCCCCAUACCUACAAUGCCCACAUCCACUAUGUACUACCGGUGCUGUAACGAUUAAAUAUACAUGACUUUAAAUACUAUUUAUUAUUUGUGGGUGACUGUUGUAUGUACAGUAAGAUGCUACAGCGACAUGUUGUAAGAAAGAACAAAUAAAGCCACUUUUCAGUAAAACACUACUCCUCUCUACAUAUCAGAUGAACACCACUUCAGAAUAUCACUGCGCUCUAAACACCACGAACCACAAAGCUCAUUACUUAACAGAUGGACUCUUCCCUAAUAUAUAAAUAGUGAACAGAUACGGGAAGAACAUUCGACAACAAUCUACAUGAACAAUUCAUUGAGAGAAAGUGGUUGAGGGUUCCCAAAAGGUCUCAGGUGUGUUUCAAAGGGAAACAGUGCUACCUGUUUUUGUUUCUUUUUUUGUUUAGUUUUUUGCAGUUCUGUGUAAAUAUGGCUGAAAAGUCAGGGUGCCG